AGGCUUCCAGCCCUGGGCUGCGGCCCAGAGGGGAUGAUGUCACCGCUUCUGCACCGAGGGGCCUGGGGGUGGGGCGGCCGAGGGGGAGCCCGCGCCGCGGCUGCAGCUGCCAAGGGAGCGUUCCGAGCCCACGUCAGGGGAGGUGUCGGGAUAAAUAGGGUCCCGCAAUGGCCGUGGCUGGCUGCGCUCCGAGCUGCGGAGUCCGGGACUGGAGCUGCCCGGGCGGGUUCGCGCCCCGAAGGCUGAGAGCUGGCGCUGCUCGUGCCCUGUGUGCCAGACGGCGGAGCUCCGCGGCCGGAUCCCGCGGCCCCGCUUUGCUUCCGACUGGAGUUGGGGGGAAGAAACUCUCCUGCGCCCCAGAGGAUUUCUUCCUCGGCGAAGGGACAGAGAAAGACGAGGGUGGCAGGAAGAGAAGGGCGCUUUCUGUCUGCCGGGCUCGCAGCGCGGGAGGGCAGUGCCAUGUUCCUCUCCAUCCUGGUGGCGCUAUGCCUGUGGCUGCACCUGGCGCUGGGCGUGCGCGGCGCGCCCUGCGAGGCGGUGCGCAUCCCUAUGUGCCGGCACAUGCCCUGGAACAUCACGCGGAUGCCCAACCACCUGCACCACAGCACGCAGGAGAACGCCAUCCUGGCCAUCGAGCAGUACGAGGAGCUGGUGGACGUGAACUGCAGCGCCGUGCUGCGCUUCUUCCUCUGUGCCAUGUACGCGCCCAUUUGCACCCUGGAGUUCCUGCACGACCCCAUCAAGCCGUGCAAGUCGGUGUGCCAACGCGCGCGCGACGACUGCGAGCCGCUCAUGAAGAUGUACAACCACAGCUGGCCCGAAAGCCUGGCCUGCGACGAGCUGCCCGUCUAUGACCGUGGCGUGUGCAUCUCGCCUGAAGCCAUCGUCACGGACCUCCCGGAGGAUGUUAAGUGGAUAGACAUCACACCAGACAUGAUGGUGCAGGAAAGGCCUCUUGAUGUUGACUGUAAACGCCUAAGCCCCGAUCGAUGCAAGUGUAAAAAGGUGAAGCCAACUUUGGCAACAUAUCUCAGCAAAAACUACAGCUAUGUUAUUCAUGCCAAAAUAAAAGCUGUGCAGAGGAGUGGCUGCAAUGAGGUCACAACGGUGGUGGAUGUAAAAGAGAUCUUCAAGUCCUCAUCACCCAUCCCUCGAACUCAAGUCCCGCUCAUUACAAAUUCUUCUUGCCAGUGUCCACACAUCCUGCCCCAUCAAGAUGUUCUCAUCAUGUGUUACGAGUGGCGCUCAAGGAUGAUGCUUCUUGAAAAUUGCUUAGUUGAAAAAUGGAGAGAUCAGCUUAGUAAAAGAUCCAUACAGUGGGAAGAGAGGCUGCAGGAACAGCAGAGAACAGUUCAGGACAAGAAGAAAACAGCCGGGCGCACCAGUCGUAGUAAUCCCCCCAAACCAAAGGGAAAGCCUCCUGCUCCCAAACCACCCAGUCCCAAGAAGAACAUUAAAACUAGGAGUGCCCAGAAGAGAACAAACCCGAAAAGAGUGUGAGCUAACUAGUUUCCAAAGCGGAGACUUCCGACUUCCUUACAGGAUGAGGCUGGGCAUUGCCUGGGACAGCCUAUGUAAGGCCAUGUGCCCCUUGCCCUAACAACUCACUGCAGUGCUCUUCAUAGACACAUCUUGCAGCAUUUUUCUUAAGGCUAUGCUUCAGUUUUUCUUUGUAAGCCAUCACAAGCCAUAGUGGUAGGUUUGCCCUUUGGUACAGAAGGUGAGUUAAAGCUCAAAGCUAAAGCCUUUUCUUGGAAAAGGCUUAUUGCAUUGCAUUCAGAGUAACCUCUGGUGGAAAAGGCUUAUUGCAUUGCAUUCAGAGUAACCUGUGUGCAUACUCUAGGAGGGUAGGGAAAAUAAUGCUUGUUACAAUUCGACCUAAUAUGUGCAUUGUAAAAUAAAUGCCAUAUUUCAAACAAAACCCGUAAUUUUUUUACAGUAUGUUUUAUUACCUUUUGAUGUCUGUUGUUGCAAUGUUAUUGAUGUUUUAAAAUGUGAUCGAAAAUAUAAUGCUUCUAAGAAGGAACAGUAGUGAAAUGAAUGUCUAAAAGAUCUUUAUGUGUUUAUGGUCUGCAGAAGGAUUUUUGUGAUGAAAGGGGAUUUUUUGAAAAAUCUAGAGAAGUAGCAUAUGGAAAAUUAUAAUGUGUCUUUUUUACAAUGACUUCAGCUCUGUUUUUAGCUAGAAACUCUAAAAACAAAAAUAAUAAUAAAGAAAAAUAAAUAAAAAGGAGAGGCAGACAA